AUGCUAAAAGUCAUCCAGCAUAACUUAAACAGAGACCGCACUGCCAGCCACCAACUCAGAGCUGCUUGCAGAAACCUCAGAGUCGAUUUCGUUCUGGUCCAAGAACCAUUGGUCACGAACGGCAAAAUAUAUGCCUUCGAACGCUGUAAAUGCCACAUCAGCAAGAAAUCAGGUGCCGCCGUUAUUGCUCUAUCGGACCGUUUUCAGUGUAUUGGUCUCAAUCAGUUCACCUCUGACUAUACAGCAGCGGCUAAGGUUACGUAUGGUAACAGGCCUUAUGACUACGUGGUUCUAGUGUCGUCAUACUUCAAAUACAAUAUACCAACAAACACCCAUCUGGAGCGCCUAGAACAAAUAUUGACAAUCGACACCCGAGCCUUAAUUGCUGCGGACACAAAUGGUCAUUCGCCCCGUUGGCAUUCGACCUCACGUAAUCGCCGGGGCAGACUAACCGAACAGUUGAUCGAUAAACACAACCUCUGUAUCCACAACUCUGCGGGUCAGAUGAAUACGUUCUGUCGGCGCGAUGGCCGCACAUCAAACAUAGAUGUUACCUUAUCAACCGAAAAUAUGAAAAACAAAAUAAAGGACUGGUCCGUCAGUGACCUCACUGAUAGCGAUCACAGGGUGAUUGCCUUUACAGUAAAAACGACCAAUUAUAAAAAGCCUGCGUCCCACGAAAAACGCUAUAUCCUUAAGACGGCUGAUUGGGAUAAAUUUAAGACCGCUCUCCUUGGCGAAAUAGGUGGAAUUUCGGAAUCCUCGAUUGAAUCCACGGCCAUGGGUAUUAACAGAACACUGUCCGUAGCUGCGGACCAGGCCAUUCAACGGAGGAAAUCUGAUGAUACCCCCAGUAAAAGUAUCUGGUGGUCCCCAGUCCUCUCAGCGCUUCGGCAAACACUUGUACGGAAAAGACGCUUAGGGCUUAGGGAUAGCAACAGACAAGCAUAUAACAAACUCCGAAACGAAUUCCUCAGGGAAAUAAGGAAUCAUAAAAUCCGCGCCUGGAAAUGUUUCGCGGACGACUUAAACUCCAACCCAUGGGCCAAAGCCUUCAGAUGGGCGAAAGGCGGAAACUCGAUAAGCUCCAUGCCCAAUGCUAUGACAAGGCCGGAUGGCUCACUCACCUCCGACUGCAGGGAAACUGCUGAGCUCCUUCUGAACACGUUUGUUCCCGCUGACCCAGACCAAUGUGUCUUGGAGUCCAAUGGUCCUUUACAACUCAAAACCGCUCCAAGUCCGGACGUGGUAAAAGCCGCUAUAUGGCGCAUGCGGACGAACGGAGCCCCCGGUGCUGACGGCAUUACGGCAGGAAUGCUCAGGAAAGCCUGGCCAGCGCUCGGUGACAUCAUCACCAACCUUUUUGGUAGAUGUCUCCAAGACGGGAUAUUCCCUGAGUGUUGGAAAAUUGCAAAACUCAUAAUAAUUCCCAAACCGGGCAAGACCGAUCGGGACUGCGUGAAAUCUUUCCGGCCAAUCAGCCUGCUACCCGUUCUAGGUAAGGCCUUAGAAACUCUCAUUAUACACGACAUUGUAAAGGAAACUAGUCUGGAUUCCUACACUGACCAACAUGGUUUCACGACGGGGAAAUCGACUGUUAGCGCCAUCAGGAGCGUCUACGGAAAAAUCGACGCGUCAAAAUCAAGACACAUAUUUGGAACUUUCCUUGAUAUCACGGGCGCAUUUGAUAAUGUGAAGUGGUCCCCGCUGAUAUCACAAAUGAACAAACUGGGUGCGUCUCUCGGUACAACCAGAAUGGUGAACUCGUACUUGCGAAACAGAUGGGCCGACCUAAGCUUUGAAGGGAUUCAUUACCGUCGAAGGCUCGCCCGUGGGUGCCCCCAGGGGUCACAAUUAGGUCCAACCUUAUGGAAGGUGGCUAUGACCCCAAUAUUUGAAAAAAUCCCAGAAACGGUUACAACCAAAGUAGUUGCAUACGCAGACGAUAUCCUGCUAAUGAUCGGAGCCGCUAGACCGAAAACCGCGUUCAAUCGCAUUGUGAUGAAUUUAGAUAUCCUCACAGAUUGGGGCCGCAUGUUUGGCCUAGAAUUCUCGGCUAGCAAGAGCCAACUAUUAUCUCUCAAAGGUGGUCUUAAAGCCGGAUACAGCGUCAACUUUGGCUCGAGAGAUGAUGCUCCCGUGAUUGAGUCAACGGCCACUGCCAAAUACUUAGGAGUGUGUCUCGACUCCAGAAGGAGUUACUGGGAACACAUUAAAAGUAUCAGCGCCAAAUCAAAAGACAUGUACGGCCGUAUGAGAAGGCUCCGCUCAGCGAAUUGGGGCAUGGGUCAAUUAGCUGCUAGGACCAUAUACCGAGGUGUGUUCCUUCCUCGCAUAACCUACGCCGCGGAAGUUUGGAACACAGGGACAAGACUGAUAAAGAGCCAGAAAAAGCUUCUCAGCGCUCAGAGAGCACCUCUACUUGCAAUGACGGGGGCAUACAAUACUGUAUCGACUAACUGCCUCCCUGUAGUCGCAGGCUCAUUGCCUCUAGACCUUGAGAUAAGGCUGCAUGCUCUUAAACGUAAGCACUUGAGUCAAGAGAUGUCACCCGCAGACUUUGCUACAGCGGAAAACGAUCUAUUUGACGAAUGGCAGCUCAGGUACGACACUUUGCCUAAAGGCAGUUGGACGAAAAAAAUGAUCCCGUCGGUCAGGUUGAGGUUCAACCUGCCGAUGACAUUGGAUCACUAUACGACGCAAUUUCUAACCGGCCAUGGAGAUUUCCGCGCUAAGCUCCACAGCUUCAACCUCGUAGCAGACCCUAUAUGCGAGUGCGACCGCAAGCCGGAGACGGUCAAUCACGUUCUGCGAUUUUGCCCUAGGACCAGAGGUGCCCGCAACACACUCAAAAGAGCCCUCAGCGAUGAAGGCGUUACAUGGCCACCAGCGGAUGGUGCCUUCCUCACUAAUAAGGCAACGUACGAAGCUCUAGUGAAAUUCGCAAAAGUAGUCAUGACAAACCGGACUGAUCGAUAG